AAGAGCCCCCUCCCCUGAUCACAUCAGCCCCUGCUUUAUUCUGUUUCCCCCCCUCUCUCAUGCAGGCAGGUCCACUUGCAGGUUUGCAUUGUCCUCUCAUGGCCUGGAGAAAGGUCACUCUUGAAGAGUGUGGGGUCUGAAAGCUUCACUCCCUGUCUGCUCCAGUGCUGGAUCCUUGGUAGGAUGAUGGAGACAGGGGCUCUUUUGAAUGGAUUUGCCCCCUGCGGGCAAAGUGAGGCAGAGCUGACCCAUCUGUGCAGGAGCCUGGAGGUGGGCACAGUGAUGACCCUCUAUUACUCCAAGAAGUCCCAGAAACCGGAGAGGAGGACCUUCCAGGUGAAGCUGGAGACCAGACAAGUGACAUGGAGCAGAGGGGCAGACAAAGUUGAGGGGGCAGUGGACAUCAGGGAAAUGAAGGAGAUCAGGAGAGGUAAAAACUCAAGGGACUUUGACCGGUACCAAGAGGAUGCAACCGUACGGCUGGAGCCAGACCACUGCUUCGUUAUUCUAUAUGGGACCGAAUUCCGGCUGAAGACCCUAAGCUUGCAAGCCACUUCAGAAGAAGAAGUAAACAUGUGGAUUAAGGGGUUGAACUGGCUUCUCCAGGACACCUUGCAGGCUCCAACCCCGCUACAGAUCGAAAGGUGGCUCCGGAAACAGUUCUACUCUUUGGACAGAAACAGGGAGGACAAGAUCUCUGUCAAGGAUUUGAAAAAUAUGCUUUCCCAAGUCAACUACAGGGUUCCCAACAUGAAGUUCUUGCGAGACCGGCUGACGGAAGUGGAGCAAAGAAACAGAGAAAUAAACUAUGCUCAGUUUGCACAGCUCUAUCGCUACCUCAUGUAUAGCGCACAGAAGCCGAUGGCAAUUCCCUUUCUGGAGAGUUUCAUCCAAAACAGAGGUGGAGAGCGACCAGACCAGUAUCAAGUAACCCUGCUGGAUUUCCAGAACUUUCUGUUGACGUAUCAGAAGGAGAUGUGGGCUACUGACCUUCUCCAGGUGCAAGAUUUCAUGUUCCAUUACUUACGUGACCCUCUGAGAGAAAUUGAUGAACCGUACUUCACCCUUGACGAGUUUGUCACUUUCCUGUUCUCCAAGGAGAACACUUUGUGGAAUUCAGAGCUGGACACUGUGUGUCCGCUAAACAUGGACAACCCCUUGUCCCAUUACUGGAUCUCCUCUUCCCACAACACGUAUCUAACGGGAGAUCAGUUCUCCAGUGAGUCGUCCCUAGAAGCAUAUGCCCGAUGUCUACGUAUGGGUUGUCGCUGUAUAGAAUUGGAUUGCUGGGAUGGGCCAGAUGGGAUGCCGGUGAUUUAUCAUGGACACACGCUGACCACCAAAAUAAAGUUUUCCGAGGUCCUUCACACCAUUAAAGAACAUGCCUUUGUCACAUCUGAUUACCCUGUCAUCCUAUCCAUUGAAGACCAUUGCAGCAUUGCCCAACAGAGGAACAUGGCUCAUCACUUUAAGAAAGUGUUUGGGGAGAUGCUCCUAACCAAGCCAGUGGAUGCGGCGGCUGAUGGCCUCCCAUCUCCCAACCAGUUGAAACGGAAAAUUCUCAUAAAGCACAAGAAGUUGGCUGAAGGUAGCACAUAUGAGGAGAUUCCAGCUUCCACUGUCUAUUCUGAGAAUGAUAUAAGCAAUUCUAUCAAAAAUGGAAUAUUGUACCUGCAAGAUCCCAUCAACCGCGAAUGGUACCCUCACUACUUCGUCCUCACCAGCAGCAAAAUCUAUUAUUCUGAGGAGACAACAACCAGCCAGACAAAUGAUGAAGAAGAGGAGCAGAAAGAGGCCAGUAACAGUUCAGAGCUGCACUCAACUGAGAAAUGGUUCCACGGGAAGCUGGGAGCGGGUCGAGACGGUCGGCACAUCGCAGAGCGCCUCCUCACAGAUUACUGCAUAGAGACGGGGGCGCCGGAUGGCUCCUUCCUGGUGCGGGAGAGCGAGACGUUUGUAGGGGAUUACACUCUGUCCUUCUGGAGGAAUGGAAAAGUCCAGCAUUGUAGGAUUCACUCCAGACAGGAGGCCGGGAGCCCGAAGUUUUUCCUGACGGAUAACCUGGUGUUCGAGAGCCUCUAUGCCCUGAUCACUCAUUACCAACAAAUGCCCUUAAGAUGCAAUGAAUUCGAGAUGAGACUGACCGAGCCGGUCCCGCAAACCAACGCUCAUGAGAGCAAAGAGUGGUACCAUGCCAACCUCACACGCACACAAGCAGAACAUAUGCUGAUGAGAGUUCCACGGGACGGUGCCUUCCUGGUGCGCAAGAGGAGCGAGCCAAACUCCUACGCCAUAUCCUUCCGGGCAGAGGGGAAGAUCAAGCAUUGCCGAGUACAACAGGAAGGUCAGAGCGUGGUCCUCGGAAGCUCCGAGUUUGACAGCCUGGUGGAUUUAAUCAGCUACUAUGAAAAGCAUCCCCUUUAUCGGAAGAUGAAACUGAGGUACCCCAUCAACGAGGAGACCCUGGAGAAGAUUGGUACAGCUGAGCCGGAUUAUGGAGCUCUGUAUGAAGGACGGAAUCCUGGGUUCUACGUGGAAGCUAACCCAAUGCCAACAUUCAAGUGCUCUGUCAGGGCAUUGUUUGAUUAUAAAGCCCAGCGCGAAGAUGAACUCAGUUUUACCAAGAACGCCAUCAUCCAGAAUGUGGAGAAGCAAGAGGGUGGAUGGUGGCGAGGAGAUUAUGGGGGGAAAAAACAGAUGUGGUUCCCUGCCAACUACGUAGAGGAGAUUUUCAGUCCUGCCGAACCAGAGCCAGAACGCCAGCCUCUGGAUGAGAACAGUCCGCUUGGAGACCUUUUGGGAGGAGUUCUCGAUGUGCCAAAUUGCCAGAUUGCCAUCCGACACGAGGGCAUGAAUAACCGCCCUUAUGUCUUCUCCAUUAACGUCCCGUCGGUGACUCGAUGUCCGCUGGAUGUGGCAGCCGACUCCUUGGAAGACAUGCAUGAUUGGGUGAGGAAGAUCCGAGAGGUGGCACAGACAGCAGAUGCCCGGCUCACAGAAGGAAAGAUCAUGGAGCGUAGGAAGAAGAUUGCUUUGGAACUGUCAGAACUUGUCAUAUACUGCCGACCGGUGCCCUUUGAUGAAGAGAAGAUCGGCACCGAGAGGGCUUGUUACCGUGACAUGUCAUCCUUUCCUGAGACAAAAGCAGAGAAGUACGUCAACAAGCUGAAAGGGAAGAAGUUCUUGCAUUACAAUAGACGGCAGCUCUCCCGCAUCUAUCCUAAAGGCCAGCGUCUUGAUUCCUCGAAUUAUGACCCAAUGCCUAUGUGGAUAUGCGGCAGCCAACUAGUGGCCCUCAACUUCCAAACACCAGACAAGCCCAUGCAGAUGAACCAGGCUCUAUUCCAUUCAGGAGGACGCUGUGGAUACGUCCUGCAGCCAAGCAGCAUGAGAGAUGAGAUGUUCGAUCCCUUCGACAAAUUCUCCUUGCGAUCGCUGGAGCCGGUAAACGUCUGUGUUGAGAUCCUGGGAGCCAGACACCUGCCAAAAAAUGGGAGAGGAAUCGUGUGUCCGUUUGUUGAGGUGGAGGUCUGCGGGGCAGAGUAUGAUAACGUCAAGCAUAAGACCGAAUUUGUGGUGGAUAAUGGCUUGAACCCCGUCUGGGCACAGAAGGCUUUCAGGUUUCACGUUGCAAAUCCGGAGUUUGCCUUCCUGCGGUUUGUUGUAUACGAGGAGGACAUGUUUAGUGAUCAGAACUUCCUGGCACAAGCCUCCUUUGUGGUGCGGGGACUCAAAACCGGCUACAGAGCUGUUCCCCUGAAGAAUAACUACAGUGAAGAUCUGGAGCUGGCGUCGUUGCUCAUUUGGAUUGAUAUCAAACCCAGCAAGCUGGAGAACGGGGAGGUUAACGGAGCUUCUGCUCCCAGAGAACGGAUCAGUGACCCGUUUGCCGGGCGGAGCUGGGACGGACCUUCGGAAUCAAGAUUCCCGUCACAUCAGUUGGACGACUUGCGCGCCUCGCAGGAGCAGUUACCUGAACACUUUGAUAGGGAGAGGAGGGUCCUCCGGAAAACGCGUCUGAGCGGAGAUAAUCGCUUGUAAAGGAAAGCCGGGUUACGGACGCUCGGCUCAUUUUGGCACCAGAGGAAUCCUUAUUCUCCUUGUGGUCUCUCUAUAAACCGUGCCUGAACCCAGAGUAGGUGCGAUUUACUUAGGACUUUGCACGUUCAGUGUGGCACACGGAGAACUGUUAUUUUCACCCCCAAAGGGAAUGAUUUCCCUGCAGCACAAACAUUUCUCUAUUAAAUGCCUUGUAUAUCCGUGGGGCAGAUAGCAAAGACUGGGAUCUUAUUAACCCCCCUUCAGCUUGGCCUGAACUACCCCGUGCUACAGUUUUAGUCAUUUACCUUCUGUGAAACUGUGAAUGCAGGGAGGCGAAACAAUAUAUGUUUUUAAUACGCCAGGGUCGCCAACAACGCUUUCAUUGCCCUGAGACACUUUAAGGGUGUUCUAAGGAUAUUUUUAUAUACACACAUACAACUUUAUUUACCUUGCAGCGUCAUUCCAUUUCAUUCUGCUGGAUAUUAGGAAUAUUUUCUUUUUUUUUUUUUUCUUCAUUGCACUGGGUUAAGGAGCAAAUUAAAAUGGUGUCUUGGGGUAAGACGUUCAACUUUCAGCCUGAUGUGGAGCUGUCGGUGUGCGUCUCUUGAAGGUUAAGAUGGCUGCUGGGAUGACAUGAAGCAUUUAGUACUGGAAUCAUUGCCCUUGGUUGAAAACCAAUGAGGAUUGUGUAUAGGGGGGGCAAUAGUUCUUUAAACUGCCCAAUGGAUCAAUCGGUGGGAGCAAUCCGCCGGUUCCUAUGGGAACUGCACCACUUAGAAUUGAUUUUCAUUCAUAAUCCUAAUUGUCAUGUGACCACACACCAAACCGGUUAAAGUGGCCGUGUCGUUGGAACUUCCCCGGGUGCAGUUUCCAGUCCUGAUGAUAAUCGGUAUCUCUGUUCCUUCGUAGCAUCACUUGCAAUGGGUCUUUCUCGAACACUUUAUGUAAAUCAAGGCUUUUUUACGCGUAUGUACAGCGUUUGGAUUAUAUGGUCCGGUUAGUGAAUGUUUUGGCUUCAGUAAAUUAAAAAACAAAAAAUACUGGCUGAUUAUUUUGCUUUAAUUCCCUGUAUAGGUGAUUGCCCUGCUUGAAUUGCACAGUCUGAUGUAUCCCAACGCUGGCCUUGUUAUAACUUAACUCUUCUUACCGGUUCGCCGGUGGCGAGAGCUUCCGUUGCCUUAUUAUGAUAGUGAUAAUCUGUAUUGCACUUUGCUGUUGGAAGUGCUGGCCUCCCCGAACUUCGGUUCUUACUUUUGUGUCAGCCGUACGGCACUUCCGUUUUAUAAGCUGAUUUAUUUUAUACUCGAUACGUUUAUAAAAGGGUAAUGGCUGUCUUUAAAGGGACACAAGCUGAAAUGGAAGGUUUUUAAUUGUUCGAGAGACCGUAUUAAUAAACCAGACUGUGAAAAGUAA